GCCGCCAUGCGAGGUCUAUUUCUGAGUCUUAUGCUCUUGCUCUUUGCCAUAGCGACUUCACGGGCCCUCAACUGCCAGCCGUGUAAAUUACUGGAGGCCCGCCAGACACAUGCAAACCAAACCCACACGCAGCCAAAGUGA